AUAUCAUUCAUAUUCCAAUUCAACACGUCAAUUUUUGAUAAUUUCUCUUUUCUUGUUCUUCUUCUUCUUCUUCUUCAAUUAACUAAUUAACUAAAUAACUUUCAAUUCAUCAUGACUGGUCCAACUUUUAAUAUUUCAUCAACUGAAACUCAACAAUUUGAAACUCAAUAUUCCGCUCACAAUUAUCAUCCAUUACCAGUGGUAUUCACCAAAGCUCAAGGUGCUCACGUUUGGGAUCCAGAAGGUAAAGAAUAUUUAGAUUUCCUUUCUGCCUAUUCUGCUGUCAAUCAAGGUCAUUGUCAUCCAAAGAUCAUUGAAGCUUUGGUUGAUCAAGCUUCUAAAUUAACCUUAUGUUCUCGUGCUUUUUCAUCUGAUGUAUUUGGAGUUUAUGCGAAAUAUAUUACCGAAUAUUUCAAUUAUGAAAUGGUUUUACCAAUGAAUACUGGGGCUGAAGCCGUUGAAACUGGAUUAAAAUUAGCUCGUAGAUGGGGUUAUGUCAAAAAGGGAAUUCCAGCUGGUGAAGCUAUUAUUUUAUCUGCUGUUGAUAAUUUCCAUGGUAGAACUUUAGGAGUUAUUUCUAUGUCAACUGAUCCUGAUGCUAAAACCAAUUUUGGUCCUUAUUUAAGUGGGGUUGGUCCUCAAAUUCCAGGUGCUCCAAAAGGUACUUUAUUAAGAUAUGGUAAUAUUGAAGAUGUUGAAUUAGCUUUUAAAAAUGCCGGUGAUAAAAUCGCUGCUAUUUUAUUAGAACCAAUUCAAGGUGAAGCUGGUAUUGUGGUUCCACCAGAAGGUUAUUUCACUAGAGUUCAACAAUUAUGUAAAGAAUAUAAUGUCUUAUUAAUCUGUGAUGAAAUUCAAACUGGUAUUGCAAGAACUGGUAAAAUGUUAUGUUAUGAACAUUAUCCAAAUGUUAGACCUGAUAUUAUUUUAUUAGGUAAAGCUAUUUCAGGUGGUGUUUUCCCAGUAUCAGCUGUAUUAUCAUCCAAAGAAAUCAUGUUAACUUUAGAACCAGGAUCUCAUGGUUCAACUUAUGGUGGUAAUCCAUUAGCUUGUAGAGUUGCUAUUGCUGCUUUACAAGUUGUUAAAGAUGAAAAUUUAGUGGAAAGAUCAGAAAGAUUAGGAGAAUUUUUAAAAUCUGAAUUAAAGAAAUUACAAGCUGAAUCAGGAGGUAUUAUUUCUGAAGUUAGAGGUAAAGGGUUAUUAAGUGCCAUUGUGAUUGAUUCAUCCAAAACUAAUGGUAGAUCAGCAUGGGAUUUAUGUCUUGUUAUGAAAGAUUAUGGGGUAUUAGCUAAACCAACUCAUGAUCAUAUUAUUAGAUUGGCUCCACCAUUAGUUAUUUCUGAAGAAGAUUUAUUAAAGGGAGUUGAUGCUAUUAAGAAAUCAUUAGCUGAUUUACCAACUGCUCCAAUUGCAAAGCAUUAGAAAACUGAAACUUGUUCAUAGUGAAUUUAUUAAUUAUAUAUAUGUAUGUGACUAACUAUAUGUAUACUGGGAUUUAAAAUUAGGUACUCAAAAAAAAGAAUGCUAUUAUUGAAUAGUUAUAAAUAUACAAAACUAAUCUAUCAU